CACAAGCAAAAGGAAUGGGCUGGGACACUGGACUAGGCCAUGCUCCAUGAACAUCACCCUGAAAACUAGCCCCAUGAAGACUCGAAGCUGUGGUCUCUCUAGAAGCCUUCAGUAAAACUAUGGCUGCCUUCCGUCCAUAAUUUCUUGUCCCUUAGAGAAAAUCGACUGGUUUGUGCGGCUACCUAAAGUUUCAAGCCGAGCAACGUCCUACAGUUCGCCGCCAUGGCAUAUUCAUGCCUCGCCCGAUCGACCUGCAGAACGGCGCUGUCGUUGGGGAGCCCGUUUGGUCAACGGUUGGAUCAACGGACCAACAACUUGCAAAGGCAUGAGAGCAGUGGCUUAACCGUUCGGCCAGUGCUAACGUAUAAACGGUUUUCUGUCCGCGCAGUCGCCGUAUCUCCCAGCAGCGCUCCGGAUGGCGUUGCGGGGGAAACGGGGCGAGCAGGGGGGGCGCCUCGCGGGGCGAAGCAGGUGGUGCUGGUGGAUCCGGUCGAGGCGAAGCGGCUAGCGCAGGAGGAUCUGAAGAGGCGUGCCAAGGCUGCGUCGAAACAGAAGUGGCGGGAGAUUGAGGCUAUUAAUGGUGCAUGGGCUGUCAUUGGCAUCUUUGCUGCGCUAGUGGGAGAGGGCUUCACUCAGACUGGCAUUCUUGGGCAGCUUGCAAUAUACCUCGAGCUUGUUGCUGGUGCAAUUGAUUCCCUUGCGAAACUUGUGGGAGGCAUCUAAUCUACUGCGGUAGAGCACAUGAGUGCUUUGUUCUUUUUUGCAGCUCACAUAGCUGCCAUGCUUAUGGAGUGAUGGUUAGGGGUUUCUCAUGCGAAUAUUGUUAGUCAUCUCUUGUACAGAGUUCCAGUUUUAUCCUUCAGCAGUUUAUACUCGUUAUGUAGCGUUGACUCACAUGAUGUACAGUGUGCCGUCUUUUCAGUUCCCUGGUCAGUGGAACAAGCGUACUCCGAGGACCACAGAAAGUUGAUGAUUGGACUGUCGGUUACUGCGCCUUCCGAAUCCCAACUCUGCUUGAAAUGCUGCCAGCAGUUGCAAAAUCAUGGUCGAUCUCUCUCAUCACAUGCAGUCAGGUGGAAGGAGAGAGAAACCUCCAGAUUUGUCAUGUGAUGUGAGCCUCGAAUUCGCUGCACUGUUGCGGCAAAGCGCUGUUCGCUGGCUCACACUCUCCUGGCCUAUCUUGUUAGGGCAUUUCCCCACACAACCAAAAGGCUCUGACACUCGGUCCCACUUCAAAGUUUCCCGCAUGUU